AUGCCCUGUGGGCCUGGCCUCCUAUUCUGGCCCCUGCUGUUACUGCCUCCCAUAAAGCCUAGCAUCCCCAACGCUUCAAAGGUUUCUGGGAUAGCACCGGGAAGACCACAGCCACAGCAAGGCUGGGAACCGUUGGCCAGCAGGAACCAGUAUCCUGUGAACAGACCAGUGGAAGAAGAACCUCCUUGUGGUAUUAUUUUGCCCCUCAGGGAUUGUGUCUCUAAUAGAUUGCAUGGGGUUGUCUCCACAGUAUGUGGGAAGCCAAAGAUGGUUGGUAAAGUGUUCGGUGGCCAGGACACAUUGGCUGGCCAGUGGCCAUGGCAGGCCAGCCUGCUGUACCGAGGCGUGCAUCUCUGUGGAGCUGUCCUCAUUGACUCCCACUGGCUGGUUUCCACAGCCCACUGUUUUCGAAACAAAUCCCAGGCCCCAGAGGACUAUGAGGUACUAUUGGGGAAUAAUCAGCUGUACCAGGAAACGAAGCACACUCAGAAGAUUUCUGUGAACCAUAUUGUCAGUCAUCCAGACUUUGAGAAGUUUCAUUCUUUUGGGAGUGACAUUGCAAUGCUGCAGCUGCAUCUACCUGUAAACUUCACAUCCUAUGUUGUACCUGCCUGCCUCCCAUCCAAAGACACACAGCUCUCCAACCACACAUCCUGUUGGAUAACUGGUUGGGGAAUGCUUUCUGAAGACAGUAAGAGAAAGAGAAGUUAUUUUAUGACCAAUAAUGUCACAGGUUGA